UAUUGUGAUAUAUUGUAAUGUCUGGAAGAGGAAAGACCGGUGGUAAGGUUCGUGCUAAGGCCAAAACUCGCUCAUCUCGGGCCGGUUUGCAGUUUCCCGUCGGUCGUGUUCACAGGCUUUUGAGAAAAGGCAACUAUGCCGAACGUGUGGGCGCUGGUGCACCCGUCUAUCUGGCUGCUGUGCUCGAAUACUUGACUGCUGAAAUUCUCGAGUUAGCCGGCAAUGCUGCCCGUGAUAACAAGAAAACCCGAAUCAUUCCUCGUCAUCUUCAGUUGGCCGUGCGUAAUGACGAAGAGCUCAAUAAGUUGUUGGGUGGCGUGACUAUCGCCCAGGGUGGUGUGUUGCCUAACAUUCAGGCUGUGCUUUUACCCAAGAAGACCGAGAAACCCGCAAAGAGCAAGUGAUCUACUGGAACGAUUCUUUUCUAAACUCCAACGGCUCUUUUCAGAGCUACCCAUCUAUUCUGACAAGAGCAUUUUUUCCAUUGAGAUGUUAUCUUGAACAAGAGCUGUACCUUUUUAAUUGGCUUUAUAUUAAGUGUAACCGAGUAUUUUGUUUCCAGCAUGCUAUGUGGGAACUAAGAUUUUCUAGUGUUAAAAAUCCA